AUGACUCCAACGAAACGCGUCCAUUGCUCUGCUGCUAUUAAAGAGAAGUGUAAAAUUCUUGACAGUUUAGAUGCAGGUGGUAGUGUUCGGCAUGUUGCGAAACUUUUCAAGAUACCAAAAUCAACAGUAUCCGAUAUAAAGAAGAACAGAGUGAAGAUUCGAAAUUUUGUUGCGAGGUCGUACACUGAUAUAGGCCAGAGAAAAGUUAUGAAAAAGCCCGAGAAUCCUGAUGUGGAAGAGGCGUUAUACACUUGGUUUCUACAGCAACGUAAAAAUCACAUUCCUGUCUCUAGUGAAGUCUUGCGCACAAAAGCCAGAUUUUUUUAUGAGCGCAUCACUGGAAAGACUAACUUUCAAGCUAGUUCAGGAUGGCUUGACAAAUUUAAGGCAAGACGCGGCAUUCGUUUUUUAAAAGUAUGCGGAGAACGUGUUUCAAGUGACGCUGAAGCAGUUGCUCCUUUCCAACUUAAACUGCAAGCCCUGAUUGAGAAAAUGCAAUUAACUAAAGAGCAAGUCUACAAUGCGGAUGAAUCCGCACUUUUUUGGAGGGUUUUGCCAAACACAACGUGGGUGCAUAAAGAUGAGAAAUCGGCACCAGGGAGGAAAGUUUCAAAAGACCGUGUAACCUUUAUGCCAUGCUCAAAUGCAUCAGGCACACAUAAGUUGCCGUUACUUGUGUUAGGUAAAUCUAAGAACCCCCGAGUUUUCAAAAAUGCACAGUUGCCUGUGAAAUACGAGGCUAGUACCAAAGGAUGGAUGACCCGAAACAUAUUCUCUGAGUGGUUUAAAACAAUCUUUGUUCCUGAAGUGAAACAAUAA